GUAUCGAUGUAUCGUAUAUCAUAAUAUCAGUUUCUUUCAUUUGUUUGUUGUUUUUUUAUUAUCAAGAAUUGUUUAUAUUUCUUACAAUUAAAUCAGUAUUAAUACAAUCAAGUUAUGAAUGUUGAGAGAAAACGGUACAAGUAACCCACCGUGGAAGCCAUGGAGGACUGAUUUGUUUCCAUUGGGUAAACCAUUAUCAUCUCGUCACAACUUGGUUAAAUUAGGCUCAGCUGUUAAUGUGGUAAUUGUUGGUCUAGCUGCCAAAUUAUGGACCAAGUUGAAUCACUUUACUGUUGUUAAUCAUGAAAGCUUCAUCAAAGCCGCUGAACAAAAUUACAAUGGAUCAUCGAACAAACCACUGUUAACUAUUUCCAACCAUUCAUCAUGUUUGGAUGAUCCUGUUCUUUGGGGAGCUUUAUUACCCUGGUCUUGGCAAAUAAACAAUGAUAGACAUCGUUGGAUUGGUGCUGCUGAUGAUAUCUGUUUCACCAAAUCAUGGCAUACAUUAUUUUUUGGAAUGGGACAAACAUUUCCUGUGGAAAGAGGCAAAGGAAUUUACCAACCAGCUAUUGAUUUUGCUAUACAAUUGUUGAGGGACAAAAAAUUUCUGCAUUGUUUCCCUCAAGGAAAGGUUGCUGAAGAGUUUGAUGUUGACAAUGUCAAGCUAGUCAAUUCCAACUGCCAUUCUCAGUUAACAUUGAGUAAUAAAGAAGAUCAUGAUGCUAAACCUUACCACUUCAAAUGGGGAGUAAGCCGUUUAAUUUUGGAAACCUUAGAACCAGGAGGAGCUAUUGAUCAACUCGAAUUGUUACCCUUUUAUCAUAUUGGAAUGAAUGAAAUUCUGCCCAAUGUUAAACCAUAUAUACCUCGUAUAAUGAAACGUGUAACUGUCUAUAUAAGGAAAGAAGGCUCUAUUCAAUUUGAUAAUGAUCUAAUCAAUUGGAUUUGCCAACAGCAUGUUAUAUCUUGUAAAACAAUGGAGGAUAAACGGAUCGCUAUUUGUAAAUAUUUGGAAAAUGAAGUCAAAAAGCUGAAAUUGGAAGCCAUGAAGGCUCAUUGGUCAAUUUGAAGCUCACCGCAUCCGAACAAUUAACAUUGUAAAAUAAUUGAAAACUGUCGACUGAAUAGACUUUUAUUUAUUACAAGAAGUACUAUAAAUUACACGAAAAUGCUGCAAUACAAAUAUUUGGUGAAUUUUAUAUCGGAAAAAAAUUAGGGAAAGUAGUAUUUGAUUCUAAUUCCCAUAAAUCAAGAAUAAGAUUUUUGUUUUAGGUUUUAAUCAUACCAAAUAAACACAAUUAGAAUGAUUAUCUUGAUGAGAUUAUUUGAGUACCUCAACCCAGCCAACGUCUGAUAAGUAGAUACCAACGAGCUUUCGUUCGAAAGGAAAGAAAAUUAUAAACAAUCAAGUUAUUUAUUUUACCAAUGGCUACUAAAUAAACUUACUCUGAGUUUGCGGUACACAGGUUGGAGUUGCUGCUGACCAAGUGCCUGUACUGAGACAAGACAAUAUGGAAGUGCCUCUAAUCACAAAACCUGGUCUACACUGGAAAGCGCAGGUACCACCAACAAUUCCUGGUGAACAAUUUCCAGAAUACAAACCAUUAACUGGAACCGCUAAACUUGCGCAAUUUGCUUGUCCGAUAAAACCCUGUCCAAAAUUGGCUCCAAAACCUUGACCAAAAUUUGUACCGAAUCCUUGUCCAAAUCCAGUUCCAAAACCUAGUAAUGAAGAUAUAACAUACAAUUACUCACCUACAAAUGACUAAGAUUUUCAGUUAAUCAUACAAUUGAAUGGCGUUCCUGACCAUAAUCCGUUGACUUGACAAAUUUGCGACUGAACGACACCCGUUGAAGUACACCGAAUGGAACAAACUGAAUUUGUUACUGUUGAACAUCCAGAAAUAACAAUAGCCCCUGCAGGAAUAUUAAUCAUGGGACAAUCAGUCGAAACAUGUUUAAACAGUACAAUAAAAAUUGAAAGGAAACUUAUAGUUCGGUAAAACAUAUUUCUG